GCGCGGCGGGACCCGGGCCUCUCAGCCUGGUGUAGGGCGUUCCACGCCGCCCACGCCCCGCCGGGACACGGGCGAGACCCUCGCACUUCACCGCAUCCCCUCUGCAUCCCCCCCGCGCCCCGCAGCUCCGCAUCCCCAGCCUGGGCCUCGCGCCUCGGCUCCCACGACACGCCCAGGCUGCCCCAGCGGGCCCUAUUCCCAGAACCGCGGUAGCGUCCAGUCCUCACCGUGCAGACACUAAGGCCCAGAGCUCGGGUGGGGGCUGCCAGAGGUCGUUCAUUUCGAAGUUCGUCUCCCUUAGUCCCCUGUUUCCCCGCACACACACCUGGGUCCAUCAUUCCAGCUUGACGCCAACUCUGCUUUCAGACCCAUCAGUCUUUCAUUCUACUCCAGCUUUCCAUUCCAGUCCCCAGCUCAGCAUUUCCAUCUUCUCCAAUUCAUUUCCCUAUCAGUUCUACACAUCAUCCGAGCCUCUUGGCCCUUCUCACAGCCCUAAUCUUCCUAACCCUCCUCCUGCUCCCCUAACAUCUCUGACAUCAGCUCCCAUUCUCCCAUUGUUGGAUCCACGUGAACUCUCCUAACUUCCUCAACUUUCCUUGCUGCGUCUCUGCCCAUUCCCUACAUUGAAUAUUGGUAAACCAUUCAAUGUGCUGAUGUAAAGUUCUGCUUAAAUGAUUUUUCAAGUCUUCAGAAGGAAAAAUAGAGGAGGGGCAUAUGAUCCUUUGAAAAGAUGUGGAAGAAGCUAGGAGACGUCACAAGAGGCUGACUCCUAUCUCACCAGGUUUGCUGUCCCUCAGACAUACAAUUACUCUGUUCUCCUUGUGGAUCCUGCUUCCCACACACUUUACGUUGGCGCCCGGGACACCAUCUUCGCUUUAUCUCUGCCCUUCUCAGGGGAGAGACCCCGCAGGAUUGACUGGAUGGUUCCUGAGGCUCACAGACAGAACUGUAGGAAGAAAGGCAAGAAAGAGGACGAAUGUCACAAUUUUGUCCAGAUUCUCGCCAUUGCCAAUGCCUCUCACCUCCUCACUUGUGGCACCUUCGCUUUUGAUCCGAAGUGCGGGGUUAUUGACGUGUCCAGUUUCCAGCAGGUUGAAAGACUUGAGAGUGGCCGGGGGAAAUGUCCUUUUGAGCCAGCUCAGCGGUCAGCAGCUGUAAUGGCUGGGGGGGUCCUCUAUGCUGCCACUGUGAAAAACUACCUGGGGACGGAGCCGAUUAUCACCCGAGCAGUGGGUCGUGCCGAGGACUGGAUUCGGACAGACACCUUACCGUCCUGGCUGAAUGCCCCAGCCUUUGUCGCAGCCGUGGCCUUGAGCCCAGCCGAAUGGGGGGAUGAAGAUGGAGACGACGAAAUCUACUUCUUCUUUACGGAGACUUCCCGAGCAUUUGACUCAUACGAGCGCAUUAAAGUCCCACGGGUGGCCCGUGUGUGUGCGGGGGACCUUGGGGGCCGGAAGACUCUCCAGCAGAGAUGGACGACAUUUUUGAAAGCUGACCUGCUCUGUCCAGGGCCUGAGCAUGGCCGGGCCUCCAGUGUCCUGCAGGAUGUUGCUGUGCUUCGACCUGAGCUUGGGGCAGGGACUCCCAUCUUUUAUGGCAUCUUUUCUUCCCAGUGGGAGGGGGCUGCCAUUUCUGCUGUCUGUGCCUUCCGACCACAAGACAUUCGGACAGUGCUGAACGGUCCCUUCAGAGAACUAAAACAUGACUGUAACAGAGGACUUCCUGUCAUGGACAAUGAUGUGCCCCAGCCAAGACCUGGAGAGUGCAUCACCAACAACAUGAAGCUCCGGCACUUUGGCUCAUCUCUCUCCCUGCCUGACCGUGUACUGACCUUCAUCCGGGACCACCCACUCAUGGACAGGCCAGUGUUUCCAGCUGAUGGCCACCCCCUGCUGGUCACUACAGAUACAGCCUAUCUCAGAGUCGUGGCCCACAGGGUGACCAGCCUCUCAGGGAAAGAGUAUGAUGUGCUCUACCUGGGGACAGAAGAUGGACACCUCCAUCGAGCAGUGCGGAUCGGAGCUCAGCUCAGCGUUCUUGAAGAUCUGGCCUUAUUCCCAGAGCCACAGCCAGUUGAGAACAUGAAAUUGUACCACAGCUGGCUCCUGGUUGGCUCCCGUACUGAGGUGACACAAGUGAAUACAACCAACUGUGGCCGUCUCCAGAGCUGCUCAGAAUGCAUCCUGGCCCAGGACCCAGUCUGUGCCUGGAGCUUCCGGCUGGAUGAGUGUGUGGCCCACGCUGGGCAGCACCGAGGGUUGGUCCAAGACAUAGAGUCAGCAGAUGUCUCCUCUUUGUGUCCCAAAGAGCCUGGAGAACGUCCAGUAGUGUUUGAAGUUCCCGUGGCUACAGCUGCGCAUGUGGUCUUGCCGUGUUCUCCAAGCUCAGCAUGGGCAUCCUGUGUGUGGCACCAGCCAAGUGGAGUGACUGUACUCACCCCCCGGCGGGAUGGACUGGAGGUGGUGGUGACCCCAGGGGCCAUGGGCGCUUAUGCCUGUGAAUGUCAGGAGGGUGGGGCAGCCCGUGUGGUAGCAGCUUACAGUUUGGUGUGGGGCAGCCAGCGAGAUGCCCCGAGCCGGGCCCACACAGUGGGGGCGGGACUGGCUGGCUUCUUCCUGGGGGUUCUCGCAGCAUCCCUAACUCUCCUUCUGAUUGGUCGGCGUCAGCAGCGACGGCGACAGAGGGAACUUCUGGCUAGAGAUAAGGUGGGCUUGGACCUGGGGGCUCCACCUUCUGGGACCACAAGCUACAGCCAAGACCCUCCCUCCCCCUCUCCUGAAGAUGAGCGGUUGCCCCUGGCCCUGGCCAAGAGGAACAGUGGCUUUGGUGGAUUCUCUCCACCCUUCCUGCUUGAUCCUUGCCCAAGCCCAGCCCACAUUCGGCUAACUGGGGCUCCUCUAGCCACAUGUGAUGAAACAUCCAUCUAGAGCUGGGCAAAUGACCACUAGUGUAUAAGUGAUCACUGGAACGGAGGGACCACUGAGAUGCUGGGGUCACUAGGCCUGGAAGACCAUCCCAGCCUCUGAGUUCUCUUUGAGUAUGAGUGAUUACUUGGACUUUAGUGUCUGUUCUCUCUGAGUCUGGAUGGACUUGGGGCCAGACCUUUGCCUGAUUCCCGAUUGCCAUGAAAGAUCAGAACUGCUUUCUGCAGCAGUCAGGGCUUCUGCCCAACAUCUGAACCCCUGUGACCCUUCAUCCCUGGCCCCCUAUCUUGGGCCCAUUAGUUUUGGGGAUGGGGCACAAGGCAUAGCUAUGACUUUGCUUUCUGGUUGGAGCCUGACCAGAAGGAAGAGCCCUGGAGGUGGUUGGGGGCGAAUGUGCACUGAGUCCUUGGGGUGGUUCUGCUUAUUCUUCAAGUUUAUCUGAAUUUCUGUGGGGAGUGCAUGAUCCCCAUGUUGUGACAUGGAGUCUCUGCCCUGAGAUCUUCCCCAUCUCAGUUUUCCUUCCAUGAAUGAGUGUGUGUAAAUACAUGGUGUUCAUAGGAGACCUGGCCACAUGUGCAUGAAUGACUGGGCUGAUGCUUAGGAAUAUUUAUGAGGGAUGGGGAGGGAGAAGAUUGGAACAGGAAUAUUACCUGCAGAACUUUAGACCCUGUAGCCAUAGAGGGAAUGGCUUUCCUUUCUAAAAGGAACUGAAACACUGCCCCUCUCCCCAUUGCCCCACAACCUUACUCUAAAUUUGAGUAGAGAAAAGCUCGUAAAGUGACUUUCCGGCUGGGAAAGGCAGCAGUACACAUGACUCCAUCUUUUUCUUUGUUUUUGCCCUUGGCUGCCACCACUGCCAUGUCACAGCUGCUUUCUCUGGCUAGAGUGUAGGCUGUACCCCAUUUCCUUGGCUCCCAUUGAAAAUUAACAGCAUUCUGAUGAUUAGGGAACAACAGAAGGGGAACAGUCAUAGGAUAUACAAGCAGUAUAAAGAUAGGUUCACAAUCAGUGACUUUACUCAGGGUGACACCCUUGCCCUAAAGCAAGAGUCCCCCCUACCUGGGGUCCAUGGACUCCCUGAAAUUGUAUGCAAAAUAUUGUUUGUACAUGUGUGUCUGUAUGUCUCUGUGGGGGAGGUUUUAUGGCUUUUGUCAGAUUUUCAAGGCCUUAACAAAGUUAAGGGACCGCUGCCCUGAGGUCACUGCACUGAGACCAAGCUAGGAUGGCGUCACUCUGUGGCAGCUCUGCCUGGCCUUGCCCUGCCUGGAACAGGGUGAUUGCUGGAAUGGAGUUACCACUGAGAUGCCAGAGGUUCCUGGGUCUGGAAGACUUGUUGCCUUUCAGCUGUCUUUGAGUCUGACUGACUGUGGCCAGUCCCUGAACUGGUAGCUGCUGGAGGCCUUCUUGUUUCUCCAGUCCCUGGAAGCUGAGCUCUGUGUGUAUUUGAUGACAUUGUCAACUCUCACCAAACUUCAAGACCUCUUCCUGCUUGACCACUCGCACAUGCUCUAGGCUUCUCCUGCUCAGUACUGGUCUUGGCCUGUGAAUGUGCCUCGUUCAUCCCUGGUGCUUGAGCCCCUCAAGCUCCAGUCAAUGAUCCAGUCCUGCCCCUUUGAAGUUUUCUCCUCUGCUUUCCUUGGUAGCAGCCUGCAAACUACUCAAAAGAGUCCCCUUGGGUUUGGAAUGAUCAGUGGCUUUGCCACUAAUAAAUGUGUGAUCUUCGGCAAGUAACCUAACCUAGGGACAUCAGUUUACUCAUUUGUGAAGUGGGGAUAACAAAAACCUACCUCAGGGUUGCUACAAGGAUUACAUGAGAAAAUAUGUCAACAAUAAAGACCUGUCUGUACCAAUA